GAGAGCGAGAGUGCAGGAGCAAUACUCUCGUAGUUCAAAUAAUGACGUGCCCAUAACAUAUUUCCAGAUCAGUGAUUCGUCGCAGCGCUUCACAAUCUUCUUGUCGUGCGCACCUCAACAGCCGCGGCAACGGAAUAGCUUUUUACCUCUGCUCUGAAUUCGCCGAAACACGCGAUAUUUCUCUGGAGAUUGUCACCAUGUCUACUGAGCGCAAAGUGGAUUUGACCUACGAGGACAUCCAGGGCCUGAAGUCGCAGAAGGCAAUCGUGCUGGUGGACGUGCGCGACCACAACGAAAUCCAGGAGACGGGCAAACUGCCCGACAGCAUCCACAUUCCGCUGCCCGAGCUGAGCCAAGCGCUGCAAUUACCUCCCGAGGAGUUCCAGAAGAAAUACGACGGCGCUGAGCUGCCUUUGAAAAGCGCGCCGCUCGUCUUUUCCUGCCGCAGUGGAAACAGAAGUCGCAGGGCGAUGAACGCGGCCCUCGAGCUCGGAUUCGCUGAGUCCAGGCACUACAUCGGCGGUUUUUUGGAUUGGCAGGCCAAGACCGGCAAGAAAUGAUAACGCCCGACCUCACCUGCGGAUGAAGCAUUUAACAGCAGGAUUUCAAGUAGACGCAAAAUUUUGAAAUUAUUUAUAAUAAAAAUGUUAGAAGCACAUCAAGAAACAGUAGAAGUGGAAGACGCCAGAUUUUACGGAGAUAUAGUAUUAUCAGAUUUACAGAUUAUUAUUUUACACGUUUUAAAUGCAAAAUAAUCAAUAAAGCUUUUGAAUAUUUUUGUGAUUUUUGGAAUAAAAAAAUGUAUAAAACAA